GCAGCAGCCCUAGAAGAUGGGGCUCCUGUCGACGAGGACGAGUAUGCUGACCCCGACGAUGCCGAGGAUGAGCCGGUGAGCCCAAGUGGUCCUGGUGAGGAUCAUGGGGCUGAGGCUCUUCAUGAUGAUCAUGGGGCUGAGGCUCUUGAUCAGAAUCAGGGGGCUGAGGCUCUUGAUGAGAAUCAUGGGGCUGAGGCUCUUGAUGAGGAUCAUGGGGCUGAGGCUCUUGAUGAGGGUCAUGGGGCUAAGGUGAUUCAUCGGGCAAGCUUGACAAGGGAGGAGAAGCUUGCUUUGGAUAGUGCCGAGGCAGGCUAUCGCCUGGCCCAUACAACCUCCGAGGCUUGGACCGAUGAGCACUUUCCCACCAGCCCGCCUGAGGAUCCUGAUCCUUUAGCUUCACUUGGCCUACGAACUCAGGAGACCCUUUUGGAUGAUGAGCUUGAUGAUCUAGAUGGUGCUGUGUGCACGAUUGAAUCAAGCCCUGAAGUGGAUUCUGCCUGGCCUGAGCUCUGCUGCGACAGCAGCAGCAUCUGGGCAUGGAGGGUCUGCACCUUUGGCUUUGGCUCCCACAUGCCAAAGAACCCCGACCAGGAGGAUACGUAUGUGCCGGAGAACAGCCCUGUCUUCCAUGAGGCAAUGGUUUCCCUGCAAAGGGAGGAUGUGCCAGAGAACAAGCAGGCAAUGGUGGCAACCGAAGGGGAAGGGGAUGUGCCAGAGAACAGCCGUGACCUCAAGCAAGCAAUGGUGGCAACCGAAGGGGAUGUGCUAGAGAACAGCCCUGACCUCAAGCAAGCAAUGGUGGCAACCGAAGGGGAAGCAGCAGAAGCUGAAGCUCCCAUGGCAUCUGUGAUGGAUGAGUCGGUGUCGCCUUUUGAGGCUGCCGCAAAGGCCAUUGCAGCCAAUGGCAAGAAGCAGUCUGUGGAAGAUGACGAGGCUAAGCCAGCUAAGUCAGGACCCAAGUCCAAAAAAGCCCGCCGAGACAACGACGACGAAACGAAGCCCAAGGGCAAGCGAGGACCAAAGAAAGCUGCUGAGAAGGAGGAACCCAAGGCCAAGAAGUCCAAGGCAGAAGGUGCCAACGAGCAGGAUCCGAAGUCCAAGCGAAAGCACGAACCCAAGUCCAAGGAAGCAGCUGCCAACGAUCAGGAACCCGAGCCCAAGCGCAAGCCAGAACCCAAGUCCCAGGAAGCAGCUACCGACAAACAGGAACCCAAGCCGAAAGCAAAGGCUAAGGCAAAGGCCAAGAGUGGAGCCAUGAAGAAGCCAGCAGCUUUCAGGCCAGCACAGCAGGAAGGUGAUGAGGGGGUAGUGCCUCCCGACGGUGCGAAUGACCAGGGAGAUGAGCUGCCCCACACAUUUGCAAGGCGACCGAUGCCCACCGGUGCCCAUGGCCUCAACAAGUAUCGUCGCAUUGUGGGGGCAUUCAAGGAGCUUGUGGAACCAAAAUUGAAGAGUCGCCAGAGGUCUGCGGCCGAGGACCAUGUUGGGCCUUAA